UAGUCACGGAAGUUGUCACCACUGUGUAGGUAAGCCCUUCCUUUUCGCUUUUUCAUGUACAGUGGACCAAGCCUGUGACCAAAAUGUAUCAAGAGGAUUAUGAUUCAAGGACACUGUCAGGGCGGCCGAGCGAGCUGCAUGGACUUCAGAUGAAGAUAGCAGAUAAAUACAACGUACACGAAAUCACACGCAGGCUCCAGCUGGACGGACCUGAGUUGAGUAACCUGAGGGACAGGUCGGAUAUGACAAAAUACCAGUACUCCUUUGAACUAGAACGCCGUGUUCUGCAGAGAAUCGACGUAAACAACUUGAUGCAGUCGGCAUCGUAGGGCAGCUUACAGAGGAAUAGACUACCCAGAUCUGUGACCAGGAACGCCUUUCAUGUUACGUUGGCUCUUUAGCACAAACAAAAUAAUCUCAUCUGUUGCAUGUUAUUUUGUGUACAAGGCAAUGCUAUCAUUAUGAUGUUUACGUUCCCUUCCUGUUACGGUUCAGCUUUCUAUCCCGUGCUGUAUAUAGGUCUGUAGAUUCUGAAGAAUUUGUCUGCAUUUAUUUCUGUCUAUUUAGCUUUUUUCUUUUGUGUGUGUGUGAUAUGGUACCUGUUGGACUGCAUAAUUCAUCGACGUAUCUCCAUCAAUGCCCCAUAAGACCAUAAUACCAUUCAUUGUUAUGGUUUUGGAAACCUUGAUCCUUAACCAAAAUCUGUCGGCAUCACUCCUAUGGUCAACUGUCUUGCCCAACUACAGUACAGCCAUGGUUUAUUGUACUGAUUGACUCAGACUGAUUACACUGAUAAGUGCUUAAACAUCCUUUCUAUGACCAUGAUGAGGAAACGGAUGAAUCACAGUAACAUUCACGACCUAUUCUACUCUUUGAUCCACGGGGGAUUAUCUGUCUUGGAUAGUUUUGUCAGAAAUGGCGGCUCACUAAAGAUCAAUGGUCCAAACCGGAAGUCUCUCCUGAUUGGAUGCAUUGAAGAGGAUCAACAACGUAUGUUCUAUAGGUGUCUUCAGUUAGGUGUGGAUGUUUCAGCAGCUGAUGAAUUUGGAAAAACUGCAUUACACUGGGCGUGUGUGGAGGGGAAGCUUGAGUUUGUGAAGGCCCUGCUUGCGCGUGGAGCAAAUGUAGAUCAGAACGACAAGGAGUUGAAAACAUGUCUGAUGCUAGCCGCGAAGAACGAUCAUUAUGAAAUCGUAGAACAACUUUGUAGAUCAGGUUGUAAUGUCAAUGUCAAAGAUGAAGAUGGCGUUUCUGCUUUACAUUUUGCUUCUCAAAUGAUGCAGACAGAGACUGUGAAAUUGUUACUGCAGUAUGGUGCUGAUAGUUCAGUCAAAACUGACCGGGCAGAGUCCCCAAUAACUUUCUGUCUGGCCAACAAAGACAUUAAGACUGUUCAGAUUCUCCUCGAAUCAAAUGCGAGCUUUGCUGAAGGCGAAACAUUUUCUCGAGAUCUACUAAACGCUGUGGACAGAAAUUAUACAGAUGCAGUACAGUUACUCCUUUCUUCUGGUGUAGAUCCGUGUCCAGACAACGUAUGCAAUUCCUUUAAGACAAUAAUAGUAUCAAAUUUCACAUGGCCAAUACUACGUAGUGCUCUUAUGUCAGAAUACGGCUACCUUACAUCUUCCGGUACUGAAAACAAACUGGUGCGACACAUAGUCAGUAAUCACAUGUUUGAGAAAGGAUCACAAAUUUUGGAACUAGCAUUUUUGUAUGGCCUACAGAUCACCAGCUCGGGGAACAUGUGGGUUUGUUCAAAGGGUUUAUCUACAUGUAUUUGUAGGACGUAUGUGUCAACGAUCAAGGACGAGAAAGGAUACCAAAUGCUCAGCUUGAAGAUGCUGUGUAGAACCAGGAUCAGAUGUGGUUUGGGUCUGGGUGUGGUUCGGAAGGUGAAGACGCUACCUCUGCCCAGUAGGCUCCAGCGAUACUUGUGUUUCUCUAGAGAAUAUUGCCUUGAUAAGCCACUGCUAUAAUGGUCAACACCGAUGCAAUCGUAAUAGGACCAAGGGCACAAUAUGGGAAGCCCCUUUAUAGUGUGCCCCGCUGUGAUAUUGCUGGAAUAUUGCUGAAAGUGUCGUAAAUCCAUACUCACUCUCUCUAGUCGCUACGUUAAUUAGCUUAUCAGUAACCAGGCAUGAGGCAGUAUGAUGGUCGCGGGAUGUAUGAUUUUGGAGAGUAUAUAUUUGAUAUCUGUAUAUGUAAAUAAUAGAAAACGUUAUUGUUGUUUGUAAUAAGCUUCGAAAACCGCAAUUACAUUGAUAUGCGAAUUGGUUAAAUUGGAACAUGGGUAUAUAUAUUUUUCUAAAUAAAUAAAUAAUAUAUGACUGAAA